GUCGGAGUUCAAUCAGCAUGUGAUUAUUAAUGGUCAGAGGGAAGUGGCGCUUUUGCCAAACACUGACAAUGUAAUAGACUAAACUUUGAAGAAAACAUGAAGACGUCCCGGUCUUCUCCAACAAGACUGGCUGUGUUGGCAAUAAUCAGUGGAACUUUGAUUUUGAUAUCGGUGUUUAGAAAAGGUAUUCCUUUGGACAGUGUAUCGAACCCCGAUCCCGAGCGAAUUAACUCUGUCCGAUCAUCAGUUGUUUUGCGAAACUUGCUAUGGUAUAAUAGAUCAAACGUUGUCGGAUUUGACAGCACUACCGGGAACAAUCAGUCUGGAGACAAUCCUGAUUCUAGUUCUGACUUUUUAGACAAGGGGGCACACACAUCAGCACUGGAUCAAUCAAAGUUUGAACUUUGCAGUGAUAUUCACAAAGUGAACAAGUCAGAACGAUGUCACUUCACGAAAUCGACAGACGAUUGUUCAAUAGAUGAAGGGUUCAUUGACUACACGGUGUUCAGCUACUGCCAGUUCUCACCCAGUCUGCUUCCACUGGCUCUCAUCAUUCUGUUUAUCUGGUGGUUGUUUCUGUUUAUAGGACUGGCGAUCACAGCUGAUGACUAUUUCUGUCCUGCUUUAACUGUGAUCUCCAAAACAUUACACCUGAGUCACAACAUUGCUGGUGUGACUUUUCUUGCAUUUGGUAAUGGGGCACCAGACAUCUUCUCUGCCAUUGCUGCCAUCGGGAAUGCUAAGAAUGGUGAGGCGGGCCUGGCCUUUGGCGCUUUACUGGGAGCUGGCGUGUUUGUAACUGCGGUAGUGGCAGGAACCAUUGCCAUCAUUCACCCAUUUGACGCCAUGCAGAGGCCGUUCAUCAGGGAUAUCGUCUUCUACCUAGCUGGCGUCUUCUGGACAUUCUCUGUAAUGUGGGACAAGAAGAUCACCAAGAUAGAGGCCAUAGGUUUUAUUUUGCUGUACAUCUUCUAUGUGAUUGUGGUGGUGCUUGGAAGGUACAUUUACCAGAAACUAAAAGAUCGACCGACAGUUAUAGGAGAGGUCACCGUUAAAAAUGAAGAUGACAUGGGAAGCGAUGGGGAGGAUCUAAGAAAUGGAGGCUCUGAGAGAGAUCCAUUAUUGAGGAACUUGCCAGAGGAGGUGAAGACCAGCGUGAACAUCCUUACAAACAGUUCUGAAAGUGAAGCAGACGACCAAAGCCCAUUCCAACGCUUCCUGUCAGCUAUCAAUCCCAUAGAUACAGAAAACUGGGCAGAAAUGGGCAUAUUUAAAAAGAUAUUUGAAGUUUUUAAGUGUCCCAUGGUAUUCCUGCUAGUUAUUACGACUCCAGUAGUGGACUAUGAUGAGGACUUACAUAAGUGGAAUCGUUACCUGAAUUCCCUUCAGCUCACCACCGGACUCGUGUUCUCCUCACUGGCUACCAAAGUGGGACUGGACACGAUUGGCAGCAGUUUCCCAGUCUGGGCGCUAGUCCUGAUCAUUGGAAUGAUACUCAGUCUCCUGGUGUUUUUCACAUCACGAGACAAUGAACAACCAAAGUAUCACCCGCUUUUUGCCUAUGUUGGCUUUGUGGUAGCUGUGGUUUGGAUCUAUUCUGUGGCUAACGAGGUGGUCAAUAUACUACAGACCUUUGGUGUAGUCUUCAGCAUUAGUAACGCAGUGUUAGGCCUAACCCUCCUGGCAUGGGGAAAUAGUAUUGGAGAUUUGAUCGCAGACACUGUGAUGGCGAGACAAGGCUUCCCUCGGAUUGGGAUUUCAGCCUGUUUUGGCGGUCCUCUUUUCAAUCUGCUAUUAGGGAUAGGAAUUCCUUUCACAAUAGCCACGGUAAAAAACGGAGACUACGACCUUUCAAUUACUCUAGAGGAGUACGUAUUAGCGGGAUUCUUGGCGCUGAGUUUGCUGACGUCAUUGAUAGUUGUGCCCCUGUCUAAGUUCCGAAUGUCUCGCCCUUAUGGUAUAGCUCUCAUUGUGCUGUACGUCGUCUUCCUAGUGGUGGCGCUGCUAACCGAAUCAAACGUCAUAUCUGCUGAUAUCAACUGAGGAACUGCCAACAGUAUUCAGUCAAGUUUUCCAGUUAGACUUGUGCCAUUCAACCAACGUUUUUUUUUUUCUGUGAGAAUAAAACUAUGAAAUACAGUAUGUUGUCCAUCAAUUCUGUGAUAUUUUAGACAUUUGAUGAUUGAUUUGUCACUUAGAAUUUUGAAUUCUACAGAAAAUGAGCAAAUUUACAUGACAUUUCAUUUUCGCUGACCAGGGAUUCUCAUUCACUACUCUUCACGAUGGGAGUCGGAACUCUUGGCCAGUAAAGAUGAAGACAUCUUGGAAACGUAUAAAAGUGUAUGCUCUUGCUCAUGACAAAACAAUAUUGUGAUGUAAAGUUUUCCGUUUCAUUUUCCAAUUAUAUAUAUAUAUAUAUAUAUAUAUAUAUAUAUAUAUACAUGUAUAUUAAUUUUUUGACCAUGCACGUGGAUAAGAUUAUAUAUAGAUUACUUUUGAUGAAUGUUUAUAUCAGAUUUAAAAGUUGAUACAUCAUUUUCAUUGCGUAAGUUGGCAAUUUGAAAGUCGUACGGCUGAGAUCGAUUCUAUACACGGCAGACGACAAUGCUACUUCAUUUACACACAACAGACGACAAUGCUACUUCGUUUACAAGGUUUAAGGAUUGUCAAACUUUUGUCGUUUGUUUUUCUUUAUUUUGACCAUGAAUGUAUUGUUUUUAUUUAUUUAUUUUUUUUUUCUAUAUUUGUUGAUAGCAAAUUCUUUAAAGGUUAUGAUACUCGCCGAAGACACUAACAACAUUUAAAAAUACUCUUAACAAGUCGUCCCCAUGCCCAUGUUCCUUUACCUGCUAUUUCAUAUCCGUGAACGAUUAUAUCAGGACGGGGGAGUUUAAUUGUAUUUAAUUUGUGAUGGUAUAAACUACAGCGAUUAUUUUAAGGAUCAAGUCUUAUCAGCCUUCAACACUAUAUCGGAGAAGCUAAAACAAGGCACCAUGAAGCUUGUCGAACUAGCUUGUGCUUUAAUGAAUUACACAGAGGAAUCGAAAGUAAUUUCGUUACAGCUUUCUGGGUCUAAUAUAGGACUUUAUAUGUAUCAAUUGUUCCAUUUGACAGAUGAAAGAAGGGAUGGGGUUACCAUGAAAAAAUGUAAGGCUAUUUACGACCGACCCAGAAAAACUUUACCCAACUGAAAAAAAAUUGGUAAUUGUCUCUUCUUCUUUUCUUUAGAAAACUGAAACUUUUUUCUGAUUUUUUCUAUAUGUAGUGUGCUAGUCAUUUUUUUUUUUUUAUUUUUUUUUGUGCGCUUUUCCAAGAUACUUUCGUUUUUAUCCAAAAAAAAAUUCUUUUCUUCUAACCUGUCCAGAAGUAUACCUGCCUAUAGUAAAAAUGGAGGGAAAUAGCAAAGAACAUACAAUGUAUUUGUGCAAGCAGGAGAUCUACAAAAUAUAUUUUAAUUUAAACUUGAUGUGUGGAGUGUCAGAAAGACCUCAUCCUUAAACUUAUGGAAUUAUAAUUGAAAUUUGCUGUUUGAUGUACGUGAUUUUUUAUAUGAUUUUGUAAUGUGAAUUAUAUCCGUGAUAGCGGUGAUAAAAUAAAUUGAUGUUUGUUGAU